CUCUCUCCCUCCCUCUCCGUGUUUUCAGGAGGAAUGGCAGGAAACCCAGAUGAAUGAAACCCACCCUGGAGGUUGUGAAUGUACUCCAAUUCCAAGUACUCCGAUGGAUACUCCUCUAAGAAAUGUGUUGGAUAGAAUAUCAGGUUUUGCAACUCCUUGGAGAAGAAAAAGCUGUACAGCUCCACGCGGUCGAAGAAUCUUUCACAGGGACGUUGAGCAAGAAGAUCAUCAGUUCCAGUAUGGUACUGCUCAUUGUCUCUCGUCCUACUACAGCGUCUUCGUUGCUCGCCUUGCUAUCAUGGUAAUGCUAGCCAUUCUAAUUGGGCUGCUAACCAUAUUAACAUGGCAUUUUACAAGGAUCUACACAACAAAAUCACUGAAUAGCUUGGCAUAUGGCCUUCGAAAUGAACUUCUACAACGUCCCAUUUCACGGAUGUGGAACAUCAUAAAUUCUACUUCUGAUAUAACAACAGCACAGCUUAAGCUGUCAGAGUAUGUGUUCAGACGGUACAACAAACCUGCUACUCAGGCAGAACAAGUUGAGCUAUACGAAGCAAUGAGGGAUGUAACUUGGGCACUAUUUGCAAGUCGGAAAGCUCUCAACGCAAUAACUAUAAACUAUAGAAAUGGCUUUGUCCAGGCAUUCCAUAGAGAUCACAGGAAUAAUAAUACGUUCUACAUCUACUCUGAUCUUGCAAACUAUUCAAUCAGUGCUGGUGGAUCUAAUGAAAUUAAUCCGCUGUCAUCGCAUCAAGGCUGGAAAGAUCAAUCCAUACAUGGUAACAUUUCUGCAAUUUGGUAUCAGGAACCCCUUGAUCCCGUCACUGGUGAGAAGAUAGGAAAGGCAAAGCCAAUCCCACCAGAUGAUCUGAUCAAUAUUGCAGGCCUUUCAGAAGUACCUGAUGGUGUAGCUUCAUGGCAUGUGGCAGUUAGCAAAUAUACAGAUUCACCCUUGCUUUCAGCUGCACUGCCAGUUUGGGACCCUUCAAAUGAAAGCAUUGUGGCUGUUGUGGGUGUUACUACAGCACUUUAUAGUGUAGGCCAACUUAUGAAAGAACUUGUUGAAGUCCACAGUGGGCAUAUAUAUUUGACAUCCAAAGAGGGUUAUUUACUUGCUACCUCCACGAAUGCUCCACUUUUGACAAAUACAACCAAGGGGCCCAAGCUAAUGAUGGCUAUUGAUUCCGAGGAAAAAGUAAUAAAAAUGGGAGCUAGGUGGUUGCAGGAAGCCUAUGGCAAUAACUUUUCUCAGAGACACGAGAUUCAUGCAGAGAAUGCCAGGCUUGGCCAGGAGCAGUAUUUCAUUGACUCUUUUUUCCUAAAACUGAAGAGGCUUCCCUUGGUGGGCGUCAUCAUCAUUCCAAGAAAAAAUAUAAUGGGGAAGGUAGAUGAGAGAGCCUUCAAAACGUUGGUGCUAUUGAUAUCUGCAUCUUUGUGUAUCCUAUUCAUUGGAUGUAUCUGCAUUUUUAUACUAACAAACGGGGUGUCCAAAGAAAUGAAACUAAGAGCGGAAUUGAUAAGCCAUCUUGAUGCAAGAAGAAGGGCAGAGGCAUCUAGUAACUAUAAAAGCCAAUUUCUAGCAAAUAUGAGUCAUGAACUGAGGACACCUAUGGCGGCAGUAAUUGGGUUGCUGGACAUUCUCAUAUGCGACGAUUGCCUCACAAAUGAACAAUUUUCAACUGUUACACAGAUUAGAAAAUGCUCAACCGCUCUACUCCGGCUUCUAAACAAUAUAUUGGAUUUGAGCAAGGUUGAAUCUGGAAAGCUGGUGCUGGAAGAAACUGAGUUUGACCUGGGGCGAGAACUUGAAGGACUUGUUGAUAUGUUCUCAGUGCAGUGCAUUAACCACAAUGUGGAAACAGUUUUAGAUCUCUCUGAUAAUAUGCCCAAAUUAGUUCGAGGUGACUCUGCUAGAGUUGUUCAAAUAUUUGCGAAUCUAAUCAGCAAUUCUCUCAAGUUUACAACGUCCGGUCAUGUCAUUAUCCGAGGAUGGUGUGAGAACUCCAAUUCUUCCUUUGACAUUGGAAAGUUUCUGCUCAAUAAGAAGAAAUCACAGCCUGCACAUAAGACCAAGUUGAAGGAACAGGGAAGCCAUACAAAGAAGGCCUGCAAGCAAGACAACAGAAUGAUUCUACGGUUUGAAGUUGAUGACACUGGCUGUGGUAUUGAUCCAAGCAAGUGGGAGUCCGUAUUUGAAAGCUUUGAGCAAGCCGACCCCUCAACAACACGAACGCAUGGUGGCACUGGUCUUGGGUUAUGUAUUGUGCGGACCCUGGUUAACAAGAUGGGCGGAGAAAUCAAGGUCGCAAAGAAGGAUGGUCCAGGAACUCUAAUGCAACUAUACUUGCUUCUCACUGCACCUGUAGAUGGCACAGAACAACAUUGCCGAGUAGAUUUUUCGAAGCAGAAUCUAGUAGUGCUGCUUGCACUACAUGGCAGGAUGGGUAGAUUGAUUAUGUCCCAGUGGUUACAUAAAAUUGGAGUGUUCACUGUGGAAGCAUCUGAAUGGAAUGAACUGACCCAAAUUCUAAGGGAACUCUUCCGUAUCAGAAGUUCAGUUUAUAAUAAUGGCUUUGAUGCUCAUUUUUCACUACGUGAACCCUUGAGUACUAAAGUACUGAACAUACAAGACACGAGGAACCCGACCUUCAUCAUACUUGUGGAUAUAGGACUACUUGACUUGAGCACGGAUAUAUGGAAGGAACAACUCAACUUUCUUGACAGUUACCUAGGAAAAGCAAGGUUUGCUUGGAUGCUUAGUCAUGAUACUCCCAAUGCCAUAAAGAUGGAGCUCCGCAGAAAAGGACAUAUAUUGAUGGUGAACAUGCCACUCUACAAGGAAAAGAUGAUACACAUUCUGGAAGCUGUCAUAAAGGAGAGAAAUCUUGAAGUGCAGAAAAAAAGUUCAAAUACUUUGAGAACUACCAAAGAAGGCGAUCUACAUGAAUAUCUUGAGAUUGAUGCCACACAAUUUGAUGUUGCCAGCUCUGAUGAUUCUGAUAUUUCUGAAAUUGGUAGUUCUAAUUCUGUAAGUGGCUCUCAUACUGGGGAAAAACGAAGAGAGAGGAAUAGAAAACCUGGUUCUUCCGGAUACCAGGCAACUAACAACUGUUUAGUUGAACUCACCCGCGUAUAUUCAAAAGAAAACUAUUCAACAGAAAGAGAUCCAUGUCAUGUCACGCUCAACUCUCACGAGGUUCAAAAUGAAGAACGUAAAUGUUGCACACAAGCAUCCCUUUCAUCAGAAGCUCAAAGCGAAAGUGCUGAACAACAUUUGGUUAUCAGCAGUCCUACAGCACAAGGUAAUUUAUAUUCAAGUAAAGCUGUGAAUGAACAGAAGUCCCUUGAAGGCGUACGAAUACUGCUUGCAGAAGAUAACCCAGUACUCCAGAGAGUUGCAACUAUAAUGCUGGAAAAAUUGGGGGCAACAGUGUUCGCUGUCGGAGAUGGACUUCAGGCAGUAGAUGCUCUUAAUUGCGUACUUAGUGCAGAAGAUUGUAUAAGGGAGUCUAUCUUUGAAGGUAGAAACAAGAGAACUCAAACAGAAAUCAAGGAUUUCCCUUCAUAUGACUUGAUCCUAAUGGAUUGCCAAAUGCCAAAGAUGGAUGGUUAUGAAGCAACAGAAAUAAUCAGGAAAUCAGAAGCUGGGACCGGGCUACACAUUCCCAUUGUUGCACUUACCGCCCAUGCAAUGUCUUCAGAUGAAGCCAAGUGCUUGGAAGUGGGCAUGGAUGCUUAUCUAACAAAACCAAUUGAUUACAAGCUGAUGGUUUCCACCAUUCUUUCACUCACUAAAAGAACAGCCUAACUUUCGCAUCAAGCAAGAGCUAACCAACCUGUAGCUUAUGCAGCCUUCGGAUGUAAAGUUUGAUAGCAGGAAGUAAUUAAUGAGAAAAUGCAGUUUUACAUGGGACAAAUGGAUGCAGAUCCAUUGUCCAAGUCCAGCAUAUUUAACAACUCAUGACUGAAUGCACUGUGCUUGAUUACCUGACUCUGUAAUCAAUAGAUAGGGAGUGCCAAUGGUGGUUACCGAUCAGAAGAGCAAGGGGGCAUUAUUUCUAAGCAAGUGGGGUACAAUUUCUCCAGGAAAGAUGGCAUUGGUGGAAUGUAAUAUUUGAUGUAUGCUUAAUAGUAGUAUAUGGGAAAUGAAAAAAUCGUUUGCAAGUA